UGAGAGUGAUUAGAGGGUUUUUGCUUUUGUUUUGCUUUACUGUCUAUAUGGAAGAUCGCCGACCUGUAUCUGUUGCUGAUGAAACCAUCAAUGUGGUUUUACAGUGCAUUCAACCAACCCUCGACUCGGAAGAGAAGAGGAAGGAGAUAAUCGAGUACAUUCAGAAACUCGUUAAAACAACCUUUGGACACGAGGUGUUUCCAUAUGGCUCUGGUCCUUUAAAGACCUAUCUCCCAGAUGGGGAUAUUGACUUAACCGUGGUUUACAACCCUGAUGGUAAACACAUGUUGCCGGUUGAUUUGCAUGCUUUUCUUCUGAGGGAACAAUUGAAUGAGAAAGCUCAGUUCAAAGUGAAGUCAAUACACUUCAUUGAUGGUGCUGAGGUAAAGGUUAUAAAAUUUUUUGUUCAGAACACAGCGGUUGACAUUUCGUUCAACCAAUUAGGCGGUCUUUCUAGUUUAUGUUUUCUCGAGAAGAUGGAUCAAGUUAUUGGGAAGGACCACCUCUUGAAACGUAGCUUUAUUCUAAUAAAGACCUGGUGUUUUCAUGAAAGCCGCCUUCUUGGUGCACACAAUGGACUGAUUUCUACAUAUGGUUUGGAAACAAUGGUAUUGUACAUCUUCCAAGUGUUCAAUCAGGACUUAAACCAGCCUCUUGAGGUUCUUUAUCGGUUCUUGGAUUACUUCAGCAAGUUUGACUGGACAAAUCUAGGAGUUAGUUUGAAAGGUCCAAUAUUAAAAUCAGCACUGCCAAAAAUAGUUUUUGAGAACCCGGAGAAUUUGGAAAAUGAUUUCUUGUUUUCCGAAGAUUUUCUUAGUGAUUAUACGGAUUUCUUCACUGUUGCAUCAAGACUUGAUGCCAAUUUGAAAACUUUCCCUGUAAAGUUCCUUAACAUCGUUGAUCCGAUGAAGGAAAACAACAACCUUGGACGCAGUGUCAAUAAAGGUAACUUUCAACGUAUAUGCAGUGCAUUUAGGUUGGGCGCUAAGACUCUCCGCCUAGCACUUGAAUCUCCAAGCGACGAAAUUGCACACAGUAUGAAGAAGUUCUUCUCGACCACAAUAAGGAUGCAUGGACACAGAUUAUCCACUUCCGAAAAUGUGAAGUCUGAGAAAAGUGCAACAUCUGAAGGAGGAUCUGAUGAGAAUUUGGUGUUCAUAGAUAGUGAUGACGAGAGCUCUACAGAUGGUUCGGAGAGUCUGGACCUUGAUUGUAUAGCGACUGACUUAGAAUGUCGGUAUCCACUAUCUGAGCUCACUGGAGAAUUCGAUGACCAUAUAAGGAACCUAUUCUGGAGUAAGGUUGGUGUGAAAAAUAGAAUAUACUCUCCUCCUCUUGUAUUGUCCAAUGCUCCUUUGUGUGUUCCUCCCCAAGCACCAUCAUUGGCUAUGGGAAAGGAUACAUUGAAAUUGUCAUCUGGUUCAGAAAAAAGACCAAUGCACCCGGGCGGUACUCAACUUUUCCACCCUCGACCGAACUGGUCUUUAAACGGUAGAGAGAGACCUACUUAUUGGAAGCAUAGAAGGCAGAAUAACAAUACCCAGAUCAGUAGUCAUGGCAACAACUCUUUGGUGCCUUUGGAGAGGAGACAUGCAGGAGGAACUACACCUGGAUUUGCUCACAACCGUGGUCCAAAUCCAAAUCGGUCUCAUUCGGAAGGAUCAAGUUCCAAUGCAAACACUACCCAGUUCAGUAGCCAUGGCAACAACUCGGAUUUGGUGCCUUUGGAAAGGAGACAUGCAGGCGGAACUACACCUAGAUUUGCUCACAACCGUGGUCCAAAUCCAAAUCGGUCUCAUUCGAAAGGAUCAAGUUCCAAUGCAAACACUAACCAGUUCAGUAGUCAUGGCAACAACUCGGUUUUGGUGCCUUUGGAGAAGAGACAUGCACGAGGAACUACACCUGGAUUUGCUCACAACCGUGGUCCAAAUCCAAAUCGGUAUCAAUCGAAAGGAUCAAGUUCCAAUGCAAACACUACCCAGUUCAGUAGUCAUGGCAACAGCUCGGUUUUGAUGCCUUUGGAGAGGAGACAUGCAGGAGGAACUACACCUGGAUUUGCUCACAACCGUGGUCCAAAUCCAUAUCGGUCUCAUUCGGAAGGAUCAAGUUCCAAUGCAAACACUACCCAGUUAAGUAGCCAUGGCAACAACUCGGUUUUGGUGCCUUUGGAGAGGAGACGUGCAGGAGGAACUACACCUGGAUUUGCUCACAACCGUGGUCCAAAUCCAAAUCGGUCUCAUUUGGAAGGAUCAAGUUCCAAUGCAAACACUACCCAGUUAAGUAGCCAUGGCAACAACUCGGGUUUGGUGCCUUUGGAGAGGAGACGUGCAGGAGGAACUACACCUGGAUUUGCUCACAACCGUGGUCCAAAUCCAAAUCGGUCUCAUUUGGAAGGAUCAAGUUCCAAUGCAAACACUACCCAGUUCAGUAGUCAUCGCAACAACUCGGUUUUGGUGCCUUUGGAGAGGAGACGUGUAGGAGGAACUACACCUGGAUUUGCUCACAACCGUGGUCCAAAUCCAAAUCGGUCUCAUUCGGAAGGAUCAAGUUCCAAUGCAAACACUACCCAGUUCAGUAGCCAUGGCAACAACUCGGUUUUGGUGCCUUUUGAGAGGAGACAUGUAGGAGGAACUAGACCUGGAUUUGCUCACAACCGUGGUCCAAAUCCAAAUUGGUCUCAUUCGGAAGGAUCAAGUUCCAAUACAAACACUGGAAACAUUCGGAAGGAUCGACGUACUAGGCCUCCCAUUGAAAACACUACAUUUAGAAAUCCACACUUGACUACUACAUGUGGACCUCCUCCUCUCAUGGAGAUAGAAAUGAGAUAUUCAAGAGUGCCACAAAGGAAAAAGGAAGGAUCGAACUUGUGUAAGAAGGAAUAAUUUGAGAAACUCAAGGAACUAAAGGAAGUCCUGAGACAUUGAUGGUGAAUAGAAGUCUUGUAGGAGAUAUUUGAGCUGCAACUCAAGGAACUCAACUCCUCGUAGUGUGAAACUUGAAGAUUUUUGAGAGGAAAAAUGAAAACAAAAGAAGAACUUGGAUUCGAAGUUUCCCUUUAAUCUUUAUAAUUUGUUAGUGCAAAUGGAUUUCAUCUUUAUUAAGUGACUAAAAAGGUCAUUUCAAAUUAUAGAAUCAAGUUUUCUUAGCAAAAAUA